AUGGACCUGCUGACAAUCUUCUGUUACCUUCUGCUUUUAUGUUUCGAACCAUCUGCAGCCUCAAGCCUCAUUACAGGUCAACGUGUGUGCAAAGCGGGAAAAGGGAAGCCGUGUUACAAGCUGGCCUAUUUCUCCGAGCUCCGGCGGAGGCUGAACUUUGUGGAGGCCGAGCUGGCCUGCAGGCGGGACGGGGGGCAGCUGCUGAGCGUGGAGUCAGAGUCUGAGCAGAAGAUCGUGGAGCAGCUCAUCACGGAGCUGCGACCCACCGACGGAGACUUCUGGAUCGGUCUACGCCGAAACCAUGGCGAAGAGGAGAGCAGCGCUGACUGCUCCCCUCAGUACUACUGGCUGGACGGCAGCAGGUUCACCUUCAGGAACUGGCACUGGGACGAGCCCUCCUGCGGCUAUGAGGUGUGUGUGGUGAUGUACCACCAGCCGUCCGCUCCUCCCGGUCUGGGGGGGCUCUACAUGUUCCAGUGGAACGACGAUAAUUGUGAAACUAAGAACAACUUCAUCUGCAAAUACACUGCAGAGAAGCCACUGGAACCUUCUCCGUCUCCCAACGCCACUCAAACAAAUGUCUUCCCUUCAUCUGUGCUGCCGUGGAAUCCAAGUGACUCUAACCAGGGCAGAAUCACAGCCCUCAAUUUGAUUUACAUCAUCAUUCCCACCAUUCCCCUGAUAGUGCUGUUACUCACAGUGAUGGGAGUCUGCUGCUUCAAAAUGAUUGUCGGACGAAGGAGGAAACAGCAGAAAUCAGAAGUCUGCCAGACAGAUCCCGGCAUCUGCUCCAGCCCGGUCCCAAUCGAUGUCUACAACGUCAUUCAGUCCCAGAAGGAGGACGACCUGGUUUCCACUCGCCCGAACACCAAAAACACCUCUUUCUUAUGCUCCUCCCCGGACACCCCGACAGGUGACUACGACAACCUGGGUGGUCGGGACACAGAGAGCGGGUUUGUGACGCUUGCCAGCACAGAGAGUGGCUACCUCAACUUUGACCUCAAUGACCUCAGCCUUGGGCGACGUGCCACCCGCGACUUCUACGACAGCAGCUUGGGUCGCCCGGCAAAGAGAGAUUUAAAUGACAGCAGUGUGAGCGGCGGCACCGGGCACCGAGAGUUUUAUGACAGGAGUCUCGGUCGUCGUACUACAAAGAGUGAGCAUUACGGCAGCAGUGUGUACGGAGACCAUGUGUUGUAUGAUGGCAGUAUCAGAGGAGGCAGUGACCUCUUUGAUCCCAAACUGAUGCCUGGAAGUCACACAGUGAAAGCUGACCUCUAUCAGACAUAUACCACCAGCGGCAAAGGAGACACUUACCAAACAAGCCUGGGAACCUAUGGAAACCGAAAAUCCUACCAAGCAACCCUGGAUUACUACAGAAAUGGCCUGAACUUCGAUGGCGGAAGGAGAUACUUCAAUGAAGAAGAAUGGAUCAACAGAGAGAACUACUGAUCCUCUGAAGGGCUCCUUUAUUGUGUGUGAAGCAGUGAUGUGUGAUUGUGGAUAGGGAAAAACUGCACGUACAUGGUUGCGAUUGUUUGUGCUGUAUAUUUCUGAAGCUUCAAAUCUGAUGACGACAUGCUUAAAUCAUAUUUUAUAACUGACCUGAAGCCAGUGUGGUACUUCGUGUGUGGUUUGCAUGGCCUUGUCAUGCUGCCUUUGCUUGGUAGGAACACUUUGCCUGCAAAUACUGUUUUGAUCACACCAAAGUCUACCUAAUACUGCUACCUCAAACAGUAACUGCAAGUGUGUUUUGACAUGGCCUUAAAUGUUGAGAACUUCCCUUAUGUACAAAUGCCGCUCUGGCUUCAAUCAAAGACAAUGCUAGCAUCAAAGUAAGGGCAUGAUAUUGAAGAGAAUGACAACAUAUA